CGAGUGAAAAGAAAUCUGUUCGCAGUCACCAGGGGAUAAUUGAACGGAGAAAUCCGAAUUUUCCGGCGGAGAGAUGGAAUUGAUUUCACUUCACAAUGUGCGAGUCUCAUCGGCAAUCUCAAUCCCGCCGAUCACUCUGUCGAACCGCAACUUCUCGUUCCCGUUUUCGACUUGGGCAUGUCCUUCGCGUGGAAAUCGAAGGAAGCUCUGCGCGGUAGUUACGGCCAAGAAGAGCAGAAAGCUGCCGCCACAGCAGGAACCAGUCCCCAAGCCAACCAUAGCCGAAACCGAAGAGGUGCCCUCAGCUGACAACGACGACGAGGAAGAAGAUCAGCUACUCUUCGACGAGUAUGAGCUCGACGACGAGGCGUUGCUAGAGGACGUUGAGGAUGAAGGUGAUUUCGAAGAUGAGUAUGUAGAAGAAGAAGAAGCGCUACUCCAAGUUGGGGAUGGGGCUGGUGGGGGUGGAAUAGCCCUAGCUGGGACGUGGUGGGACAAGGAAGCAUUAGCAAUAGCUGAGCAGGUUUGUCUGUCGUUUGAAGGGGAAUUGGGGAUGUAUGCUUUCAGGACACUACCAAAUUCCACCAUCCAAGUCCGAAUCGAGAGGCUUACUAACAAGUCUGGUUCCCCCAAAAUGGAAGAUGUUGAAGCAUUCUGUAAAACCUAUAGAGCACGACUAGAUGAAGCAGAACUUGCUAAGGCCAUACCAGAAAAUACUGCUCUUGAGGUAUCAUCUCCUGGUGUUGAAAGAGUGGUUCGGAUACCUGAAGACCUUGAUCGAUUCAAGGACCGACCUAUGUAUGUAAAGUAUGUCAGUCAGGCAGUAGAAACAGAUGAUGCUUCAGAAAGCGAUGGCAUCUUCAAGCUUGUUUCAUUUGACGUGGAAAUGAAAAGUUGCACCUGGGGUGUGGCAGAUGUAAGGAUAAAUAGAGAAAAGGCAGGGAAGGGAAGACCACUUAACAAGAAGCAAAGAGAAUGGCGCCUAAUUACACCUUUUGAGUCGUUACGCCUUGUACGCGUGUAUUCUGAUAUAUGAAUGUUUCCUUCUGUUCCUUCCAUCUUCUCUCCCACCCAAGAAUAAUGGAUAGUUCCAUAGUCGGUUUUGUUGUUGGUCAGAAAAUGAGUCCAUGCACAAGGCUUUAGUUCUCCUAUAAGCUGACUUCACACUACAUGUACUGUAGAUUUGAAAAACAAGAAUUUUUGUUUACAAAAAAUAUAUUGAUUCUUCUUAUGUGUUAAAGAAAGGGGACAGAUUGACAGCAUGGGAAAUACUGAAGUGCAGUGGGUAUCUGAUGCAAUUCCGAGUGUACAUUUGAGCUCGGAAGAAACAUGCCAUGAUUUGAAGACAUAAACAGGAGUGUCUUCAUUUUGUCUGUACUCCUGUGGGUUUGCAAAUUAUUAGGCAGUUGCUGUUUACCUUGGUAUCAAAUGUUUUCAUGUGCAGGCCGCUAUUUUGUUAGGCAGUUGCUGCUUCGGUGAUCAAUGAAUGAACAGUUUGCUU